AUAACGCGAGGCAAUUAAUUGAAUUCCAUAUGAGAUGAUUGUAUUGUUGUGAGCCAAGCGCCAACCCAUACACACUCUCUCUGUACACGAAGAAAUUAAAUGAAAUGAAAACGACUCAGAUGAUGAUCUCAAGAGCGUCCUGCGUUAUGCCUUCCUUCCCUUGUUCUAGGGUUUGUUUCUCUAUUUGUACGAGGAGAGGGUUCUGCGUAUGGCCGGGCAUGAGACAACUUUGUCUUAGAAAAAAUCUCUUGUAUGGAUUUGUGGGCUUCUUUUCGAUGCCAUACAAAACCUUGUGUAGCGUUACCAAUAUUUCCUCCACACUGCAAAUUGAAUCGGUGCCCUGUCUCAAGGACAACUAUGCAUAUCUUUUACAUGAUAUGGAUACCGGUACCGUGGGAGUCGUAGAUCCUUCUGAAGCUGUACCUAUUAUUCAUGCCCUGAGUAAGAAAAAUCGAAAUUUAACGUACAUACUAAAUACUCAUCAUCAUUAUGAUCAUACUGGUGGGAAUAUGGAGUUAAAAGCAAGGUAUGGUGCAAAGGUAAUUGGCUCGGGAAUAGACAGGGAUAGAAUUCCUGGCAUUGAUAUAGUUUUGAAUGAUGAGGACAAGUGGAUGUUUGCUGGCCACGAGGUGCUUGUAAUUGAAACUCCUGGUCAUACCCGAGGUCACAUUAGCUUCUACUUUCCAGGAUCAAGGGCAAUUUUUACUGGGGACACUUUGUUCAGCUUAUCAUGUGGCAAGCUUUUUGAAGGAACACCUGAGCAGAUGCAUUCUUCCCUCGGAAAGAUAAUAUCUUUACCAGAUGACACAAAUGUAUACUGUGGCCACGAAUAUACAUUGAGUAAUUCAAAGUUUGCACUGUCUAUAGAACCCAACAAUGAAGCGUUGCAAAGUUACGCUGCCCAAGUAGCUAAUCUCCGCAGUAAGGGCUUGCCGACGAUUCCAACUACACUAAAGAAAGAAAAGGCAUGCAAUCCAUUCCUUCGCACUUCAAGUAUGGAGAUCCGGCAGUUGUUAAAUAUUCCAGCCACGGCAAAUGAUGGUGAAGCCUUGGGUGUCAUCCGCCAAGCAAAGGAUAAUUUUUAGGAAUGACUAUAUUACCUAUAUUUGUUUGUGUAUGAGACAAAAUGAGUGUGUUCAUUGUGUGAAAUGUAACCUAUAUUGUUGGCCAUUUAAAAAAAUUUAAUAUAUCGUUGGAUGGCUAGUUCUUUUGUACA